AUUCAGUCUUAAAGUGACAUUUCACACUACAGCACACACUAAGUUUUCUGGCAGUCACGAAGAUGACCAGCUCGAGUAACCCCAGGUUCCGCCUCAUGAUUGGCUGGUGCUGCCUGAUGUCUGCAGCUCUUAUUAUAAUGACUGCAUUUCUUGCUACAAAGACCAGUUGCCACAAAGAGCUCAAUACAAACAAGACAAUAAUCGGAUACAAAGAGCACAGUUCAAAAGAAAACGACACCCCUCAUGCAGACAGAAUUACGGGUUCCUUACUUGGUCAGUCUUUUAAAGACUAUAUACGUCUAAUCAGAGAAGAAAGAUCCUGGAUUUGCAGCCACAUCCCUCUGUGUGAGAGCAGCUCGCUCUCCCUGAAAGAUAACACUGUAGAAAUUACAACCAGUGGUUUGUACUACAUCCAUGCCCAAGUUGACUUCAGGAAACCCAGUCAGGCAAACAAUCAAGUAAUGAAGAAGCCUGGGACUAUAACUCUUGUCAGAAAUGACCAAAUAGAGGGAGCCAAACAGCUGAGAAAGCUUAGUGAGGUCACACGCUAUGAAGCAGGAUCUGCGUCAAUAAUCCGAAUGGUGCAGCUCGAGAAGGGAGAUACCAUCAGUCUGGAUAUACAGGAAUCAUCUAUGGUCCUAUCAACAGAGGAUUCAAAUACUUACUGGGAAAUUAUCUUGCUUUCACACCUAUAGUAAUACUAGGACUGAUCCUUCAGGCUCUUCUCACAGGGGCUGAAAUUCUAGUAAAGUGGUUGUUCAGAAGAAUUAUGUAACAGAGGCUAAGUCACCCUGUGUCUGUGGUUAUAUUCAGAAGAAAUGCACCAUUACAAGCUCAGGUUUUUCUUAUAACCU